AUGGCGCCUAGAAGAAGAACGGAUCCCGAAGCCGACCUCGGCCGUCAAGAUAGACGUCUCGAGCCAGAAAUUCUUGCAGAACUACCCGAUAAUGUUUCAGAUCAGCUCCCAAGCGUAUCCCAGCGCAGGUCUAACUUACCACGUAUUAUCGAUCCUAAAGAGUCGAAUCAGAGUCGCAGAUCCAACCCGGCAACUACAAACAAGGCCCAACGAGCAAAAGAGGGGGUACGGAGAGUAGCCAACAACGAGGACCUUCGCAAUUACGGAAUCGACAGUGAACCGUUAGGCCAGCGGGAACAUGGCGACGUGGAGGAAGGGGAUAGGGACCCAGAUGAGUUCCGUAACUGGUGGGCCCGUAUACGAGCUAAGCAUCCUGAGCCAUUGGCUGAGUUUCUUGCGACAGGAAUAGCCGUGUUUAUGGGGUUAGGCGCAACCCUGUCUGUAAACCUCUCUGCUACCCAGGAUGUUAAGUAUGGUAUCUAUGAGACUUCAUGCUGGGCGUGGGGUUUUGCUUGGAUGUUUGGCAUCUACCUCGGCGGCGGUGUAUCCGGUGCUCAUAUGAACCCAGCUAUUUCGAUUAGCUUAUACUGA